AUGAGCGACCUUGCCCGCCUGCCGAGCUACCCCAGCCCGACGACGCUGAUUGCCCGCUCCGGCAUCCAGUUCCUCGAUUUCGGCUUCGAUCCCGUGCGCCUCAAGGUGCGCGAAUGGGGCUUCCACGAUGCCGCAGCCACCAAGGAGGUCGACGACCUGGUGCAGCUCGACUUCGACGAGGGCCGCGGCCAGUACGAGGUGGUCGAGAACGGGCGCCGCCGCGCCGCCGAUCCCAACCUCGUCAUCACCGCCAAGGACGCGCUCGCGCCCUUUCUCGACAAGUGGGUGCCGGUGCCGUUCCUGCAGAUCACGCGCAAGCCGCGCGGCAAGCCGCCCGAGGACAUGCUCAACAUCGCGAGCAUCGACGUGGGCGGCGGCACGACCGAUCUCAUCAUCAACUCCUACCGGCUCGAAGGCGCCGGCACCUCGGUGACGCUGUUCCCGGAGCAGAAGUUCCGCGAGGGCUUCAGCGUGGCAGGCGACGACAUCCUGCUGCGCGUGGUCCAGGGCCAUGUGCUGCCGCCGAUCGAGGCGGCGCUGCGCACGGCCGGCAUUACCAACCCGGGCGACCUGAUGGCCGAGCUGGUCGGCGGCGACCGCGGCGGCGAGGAUGUGAUCCAGCGCAACCUGCGCCAGCAGUUCGCGCUGCAGAUCGCCCAACCGAUCGCGCUCGAAUUUUUACGCGCGGCAGAGACGUACGAUCCCACGUCCGGGGUCGUCGCGGCCGAGCCGCGCGCCUACGAGACCUUCUUCCCCGGGCGGCGCCAAGCCGUCGGACGAAGUCGUCACCUUCGUGAACGAGGCGGCGCGCAAGCGUGGCGCCCAGAAUUUCGACCUGCGCACCGUCAUCUUCCCGGUCGACCUGCCGGGCCUCGACAAGACGGUGCGCGCCGAGAUGGGCCGCGUGUUGGCGCCCCUCGCCGAGAUCGUGCACGCCUACGAUUGCGACGUGCUGCUGCUCUCGGGCCGGCCGUCCCGUCUGCCGGGCAUCCGUGCGCUGGUGAUGGAGCUGCUGCCGCUGCCGCCGGAAAGGGUGAUCUCGCUGCACGAGUAUCGCGUCGGCGCCUGGACUGCGAGGCGCUGGCCGUCGCCGCGAGCGAGGGCGUGGCGUGGCUGCGCAACGCGGCGGAGCAAUCGCCGACCGUGGCGCAGCAGGCGCCGUCGCUGGUCGGCGAGCUUCAGAAGGCGCGCUUCGCCGACAAGACCUACGAUUUCCUGCGCGAGAUCAACCCGCCGGGCAAUCGCGAAUCGACCGGCCUCGUCACCCGCUUCGGCCUCGGCCUCGGCCUCAGCGACGGCUCGGCCGAAUUCCCGGUGCGCGUGCGUCUGCUGACCCAGACCGACAUCGUCAAGAUCCUGGGCAAUUCGUUCCUGCUCGACUUCGACCACCAGAAGGCCGAGUUCGUCGGCCCCGAUGGCGCCGCGAUCCGCAAGCGCCUGACCGAGCUGCGCGCCAAGGCGCAUCCCGCGCCGGUCGGCGACCUCGAGUCCGACGACGUGCUCGACCUGAUCGAGUAUUUCGACACUUUCUUUGCCGGCGUCACCGCCGAGCUGCGCACCGACUACUGGCGCGAGGCCAUCGAUCUCGCGCCGCGCCUGUCGGGCGCCGACCGCGGCCCGCCUGUGGUCGGUCCUGUGAAGCUCGGUCACGCGCCCGAGGCGCUGCUGGGCAUGGACGCGCUGAUCCCGCGCGAGAAGAGCAUCGUCGACGUGCUGACGCUCGACCGCCUCGGCGCCGACGGCGACGAUCCUCUGCUGAUCCGCCCCAAGCAGGCCGACGGCCGCCAUUCUCCCGACGCCCGCUUGCCGCGCUCGCUGGUCUGCGCGCUCACCGCCGAGCUCAACGUCGCGAUCGACGAGAAGCCCUGGGACUUCUUCGAUCACACCGACCUGCUCGACUUCCCCGGCGCCCGCUCGCGCCUCAAGCUCGCCAACCUCGACGACGUCGCCAAGACCAAGGGCGUCGCCGAGGGCGCCAACCCGCUGCGCGAGCUGCUGCUGCGCGGCAAGGUGGCCUAUCUGUUCCAGCGCUACUCGGCCGAGCGCGAGCUGAGCGCCAUUCUUCUCUGCAUUCCCGACGGCAACCAGGAAGUCCGCGAUCUCUCCGACAUGAUGACGGCGUGGAUCGACCAGACGAUCGGCGCCACCCCGGCCGACCGCGCCAAGCAGAAGAACGCGCUGUUCCUCGUGCUCACCAAGAUGGAUCGCGAGUUCGAGCAGAAGGCCGGCGAGACCGAGGAAUCGCGGCGCCUGCGCUGGAGCGCGCGCCUCGGCAACUCGCUGGUCAACAAUUUCCGCGGCGAGUGGCCGCUGAACUGGAACGGCAAGCCGUUCGACAACAGUUUCUGGCUGCGCAAUCCGACCGUCAUCGACGAGCGGCUGAUGGAGUACGACGGUGGCCGCGAGGCCGGCAUUGCCGAAAGCUUCGCCCAGCGCGCCGGCGAGCUGCGCCGCCACUUCGUCGAGAACGAGGAUGUGCGCCGCCACUUCGCCAAUCCGGCGCUGGCCUGGGACGAAGCCUUCCGCGCCAACGACGGCGGCGUGGCGCAUCUGGUGCAAAGCCUGAUCCCGGUCUGCGAUCCCGCCAUCAAGCGGGCGCAGGUGCGCGGCCAGCUCGACGUGCAGCUCCGCCGCCUGGUCGACCGGCUGGCCGGCUUCCACAGCGCCUCGGAUGGCGAUGCCCGCACCAAGAAGCGCGACCUCGUACACACGGUGCUGCGCGGCCUGACCAACGUCAUCCAGCAGCAGCUGUUCGGCGAACUGGUGGCCUCGCUGCAGGUCGCCGACACGGCCCUGCGCGAGAUCUACUUCCGCAUCGCCACGGCCCAGCCCUCCGACGACGGCGUGAGCAAGAACGGCAAGCUGCAGCCCGCCGCCGCGCAAUCGACCGGCGCCGCCGUCGACAUCGGCGCGAUCUUCGCCGACGUGUUCGGCGAGGAGACCGGCCGCACCCCGCCGCCGUCCGGCGUGAUCGAGGACCGGGCGGAACGCUUCGCCCGCGAGGCCUCCGGAAUACUGGCUGGAGAACAUGCGCCGCGUCGGCGCCGACGAGAAGGCGCUGUCGCAUUUCGGCGUCGACCGCCAGCAUCUCGGCUGGCUGAUCGACGAGCUGAUCUGCGCGAGCUCGAGAACGCGGCCAACGCCAAGUGGGAGGAGAUCGCCGAGCGCCAGGUGCGCACGGCCUCCUCGGCGCUGAACGGCUAUGUGAGCGCGCUGGGCUUCGACAAGCUGCCGCUCGACCAGCGCCCGGGCCUGCCGCCGAACGCGCCGCUGCGCCGCGUGUUCGAGCAGCCCACGAUCAUGAUCGACGGCAUCCCGCAGCUCAGCGAGAACCCGGCGCCGAUCUACGCCGAUUAUUGCAAGGACUGGAUGCGCGCUUUCCUGCAGCUCGCGAUGGACAAUGUCGGCUACGAAGGCGGCCGCGAGAUCACGCCCGAGCAGAACGACCGGCUGGGCGCCAUCCUGCGUACCGUGGCUGCCUGA